AUGACGGGAGGCAGUCCCGCUGACGAAAAGACACCACGAACUCCAAUAUCGCCAACAAACACCGACACUUCGACCUUGAGGGGCGAUGUGAUUAUUGAGAUUAGAGAUGUCGCACAUUCGAGUCCACCUCUCUGCUCACAGCCCAUUGAGAAGGAUGAUGCACAGCCUGGCCCCGCAAAACGCCCUGGCUUUUUCCGUCGGGUGACGAGCUCAUUCAAAGCAACGCCAGAACCCGAGUUUGUGACCGAAACGAAGACUAGAACUUUGGAGAACACGCCCAAUGGGUUCCCCAGGCUUGCAGCGUUCCAGGCGAGCGACCCUAAUUUCGGCUUGUACCGAUCGUACAGCUAUCUUCAUUCUCGUGUGUUGCUGGACCUACAAGGUGAGCUCACCGAGCUGGAAGACGAGCUUGAGCAACUGGACUUUGAUGAGAAGGAGGAGGACGAAGAUCUUCCGCGGAUGAAGGCAGCUGAAGCACAUCUAUGCGAAGAAGACGACGUGCGUACUCGAAGAACCGUGCUACGCGACAUCAGGGCGAAGCUUAUGGAAUAUGACGAGGUCCUCAUCAAAGUCAGAACACUCGAGUCGUUCCAGAGACCAUCUGAGCGAGACUAUCGCAGUGUUCGUCGGUACCACCACAACACCAAGCCCCUCAUGGAUGCCGAGAUGGAAUCCGUCCGCUGCAAAGAAGACAUAGUGUCCAUCAGCACGGGUCGCGAGCGAGCCGCGUUUGACGGGGGCGUGGAGACAUUGAUAGGGCAGAUCGACGGAACCGUUCAGAAAUGGUUCAACCUCAAGCAGCCUCCGCUUCUGAAGUACUUCCGCACCCCGGAGCUUGCCGCGAAGACGAAGAACACGGACAUCUCCUUGUACAGCGCAACGCGCAUCGACAAGAUGGUCAACAUAUUCAUCACCUUUGUGAUCUUCAUCCUCCUGAUCGUCCCAAUCGUCACCAUGUACCAACUAACAAGCACAAUCACAAUGGACGGCAGCACGCCCGCAAACACAUACCGCAACACCUUCAACGCCGUCGGGGUACUGAUAGUCUUCACGCUGCUGUUCAGCGCAGCCAUGUCGGUGCUGACAAAGGCCGCGCGACACGAAAUGUUCGCUGCGUCUGCGGCGUACUGUGCGAUUCUGGUUGUGUUUAUUGGCAACUUCACUGGGCCGAAUAACUAG